AUGGCGGCGGCGUCGGGCAGCGACGUGCCGGCGGCAAGGGCCGCCGUGGCGGUGAACCAUCUGACCGAGGCGCGCGACGGCGCGGCCAGGCUCAGGGCCUUCCUGGUGCAGCUGGACGACCAGCGCGCGGCGUGGGCGCAGCUGGAGAUCGACGGCGUCCUGACCAAGUUGUCGAGCGCGAUGUCGGCGUUGGAUGUGAGCGCCGGGUCGGACGGUGCGAGGCCACAGCAAUCGGGGAGCUCGUGCGGGAACAAGAGGAAACAAAGCUCCAGCAAAAGAUCACAGCGUCCCUCUGACAAGAAGAUCACAGCUACCCUGGAAGAUGGCCACGUAUGGCGGAAAUAUGGGCAGAAAGAGAUUCAAUACUCACCCUAUCCAAGGAGCUACUACAGGUGCACGCACAAGUCAGACCAGGGCUGCAGCGCCAAGAGGCAGGUCCAGCGCUGCGAGCCGGAUGCGUCCAAGUACGUCGUCACCUACUACGGCGAGCACACGUGCCGGGACCCCUCGACGAUCCCGCUCAUCGACCACGCCACCGGCGCCCUUGCCGAGCUCGACCAUGCCAACAACAUCAUCAGCUUCGGUCCCCCCAGCGGCACCAACAAAAACGCAAACGCAGCAGGCGCCGCGGCCAGCAACGGCGCCGGCGCCUCUUCGUCGCAGUACCUGCAGGCGAUGGGCGGGAGCGCUGCUGCUGAUCAGCUGUCCACGUCGUGGUGCAUCAGCGACAACGUGUUCAGCUCGUCGGCCGGCUCGCUCAUGCAGGUGGACGAGCUGAUCGGCGCCGUCGUGGGCUCGGCCGGGGUGGUGACGUCGGCGGCGGCGCCGGACCGUGGCGUGCUUGGUGGCGUGGCGAGCGGCGGCAGAGGCACUGCCAGCUUCCCGCCUUCUCCGAACAGCCUCGGCUUCGUGGUGGGAUCGCUCGGGGGCAUUGGCGGCGGCGAGGACGAUGACGAUAUGUUUAGAUUGGAUCCUUAG